GCUAUAUUCGCGUUUAUAUAUAUGUCUCCUGAAAGCUAAAAAAAUCCGAGAAAUCCUCCGUCUCCCUUUUUCUCCAUCCUCGCUCUCUCUCUUCUCUGUGGACAGAUUCCGGUCGCACCACGGCCAUACCAGAGAGAAUCUCGGCUUCAAUCCCAUCUAAAUCGCCACCGUCACUCAACUGAUUAGUCGAAUCGCUCGAUCGGAAGUUUUUAUGAUGGAUCAGGAGCAGACUUCCGAACCCCUAACCCCGUCGGCCUCUGCCGGCUGCAAAAAGCUCAACGCCGGGGCUCCCGAGUUUGUACCACGCGGCUCCUCUUCGGCGGCUGCGCCUCCUCCGCCUCCGCCGCUGCUGCAGCCGGUCUACGCGAGGCCGCCGUCCUUCGUGGCGCCUCUGCCCCCGCCGCCGUCUUGCUAUGCGUACGAUGGAUACUACCAGCAGGGCGUGGCGCCUUUGUACGGGUACAAUGUGAGGCCGGCGGUUCCCGCCGAGUUUGUGGCUGAUGUGAAAAAAGGUGGCCGCGCUGCAGCUAAAAAUGGACUGUCGGAUGCUCAUCAGAAAAUUGUCAAUCAGGUUGAGUUCUAUUUCAGUGAUAUCAAUCUUGCUACAACUGAUCAGUUAUUUAAGUUAAUGAUCAAAGAUCCUGAAGGAUAUGUGCCACUCACUGUUGUUGCAUCUUUUAAGAAGAUCAAAUCUGCCAUUGCUGAUGUAGCACAGCUUGCUAGUAUCCUUCGAUGCUCAAAGAAACUGUUAGUUAGUGAGGACAACAAUAAGGUUCGACGCAAGCAUCCAUUGACUGAAUCGAAUAUGGAAGAACUACAGUCACGUAUUGUUGUUGCUGAAAAUUUACCUGAAGAUCAUUCUCAUCACAACCUCAUGAAGAUUUUUUCGACUGUGGGAAGCGUGAGAUCAAUCCGUGCAUGUCCACCUCAGAAUCAGAAUGGUUCUACAUCUAAAAUAGGAAAAGGGGAUGGAUUGCAAUUUGGUGGCAAGUUUCACGUUUUUGUGGAGUAUGGCUCUGUUGAAGUAGCAGAAAAAGCGGUCACUGAACUGCAAGAUGAGGCCAGCUGGAGGAAUAGUUUAAAAGUUCGAUUGCUGCUCAAACCUGUGGUAAAAUCUACUCACACUCGCACAAAGAAAGUUGGUCAUGAAGGUCAGAACUCUGGUAAGAAAGAUGAAACAGCUGUGCCAGAGAUGCAGGGUUCCAAGGACAUUCAGUCUGAGGAUUUAGUACGACAGUCUGAUGCAAAGAGUAAUGAGAUUCAGCCAAACGACAAUGUGAAAAGCAAUGGUCAGAGGAAAGGGCGCAAUAGCAGCAAUGGCGGCAAGGGCAAGGGAAGGGGCCAUGGACGAGGGCGGCCCCACCCGAACCUGGCCAAUGGGGGAAGUGUAUUGGGAUCCUCACAUAUGGAAGCCUCUUCAGAUAAGCUGAUGAAUGCAGGGAAAGCAUCAUCCCCCGUGCCUCGCAUGCCUGAUGGCACUAAGGGCUUCUCAUUGGGUCGAGGAAAGUCGGUGACUGUAUAAAAACUGCUAGAAAAAAAAAAAAAAUGAAAUUCCGCCUGUUUUCUAAUAUGAGGGUUUCAAGUCUCUUCUUUUAAACGAGCGUGCAAAGUAUGGUGAGCAAGUGACGUAUUUGGCCCAGUGCUCUGUCCUCCACCGAUUUGGUUUAUGAAAUUGCAUCUUGCAGUUAAAGUGUGAAGGUUAAGGUAGUGUGCUAAUGUUCGUUGGGGCUAUAUAUAUCGGUGAGUGUGUGUUGAUUGAGUGCUGAACCUCUGGAAGAACUAUAUUGUGGUGGUGUCGAUGUUAUGCUAAUGUUGGGGGGCAUUGUAGAUAAGUAAACAUCUUAUCUGGAUUUAUAUUAUAUAUCCAUACAUAAAAAAUGAACAGAAAGAAAGGGAGAGAGAGACGAGUUCUUUAAUUGUCUCUCAAGGAUUUAUUAAGUAAAUUGAAGUUGGGAGUUGAAAUUUAUAUUCUUUAUCUGUUCA